AAUUAGAUACUCAUAAUAUAAAAAUUCUAAAUUCCCAAUUGCCGCCAAAUACAAAUGCAUGUAAAAAAGCACUGAGCAACACUGGUUUAUAUAGUCAUAUGGCCAUAGAAUUGCGGCAACCCUAGUUCUGGCCAAUGCUGGUCAGCUGUUUGGUCUGCUCGUUCCAUUGAAAUCUUCCGUGGUGGUGGCUUGUCUUAAGGCAUAAUUUCAAGUUUAAUACAAUUGGACACUUUUAAAUUUAGCUCCCAAUACGUCAAUUGUGAAACGUAGCAACAAACAAGCAACAUGUCGAUGCUGGCCAGAACAUUGGGACGCGCAGCUUUGCAGGCGGCAGCAACACGCAGCCUUCAUAUUUCGACUGUUCUCAGGGAGGAAUCCAAUUAUGGCGCCAAUCGGACCACCUGCACAUUGAUACCCGGUGAUGGUGUUGGACCCGAGUUAGUUUAUGCCCUCCAGGAAGUGUUCAAGGCAGCCAAUGUACCUGUGGAUUUUGAAUCGUACUUCUUGUCGGAAAUCAAUCCCGUACUAAGUGCCAAGCUGGAAGAUGUUGUGGGCUCUAUUCAGAAAAAUAAAGUCUGCAUUAAGGGUAUUCUGGCCACCCCCGAUUACAGCAAUGUGGGUGAUUUGCAAACGCUGAACAUGAAACUCCGCACCGAUUUGGAUCUGUAUGCCAAUGUGGUCCAUGUCCGUAGUUUACCUGGCGUCAAGACCCGCCAUGAAAACAUCGAUACGGUGAUUAUUCGUGAACAGACCGAGGGCGAGUAUUCCGCCUUGGAACACGAAUCGGUGCCCGGCAUUGUGGAGUGCCUUAAGAUUGUCACUGCCAAGAAAUCCAUGCGCAUUGCCAAAUUCGCCUUCGACUAUGCCACCAAGAACAAUCGCAAGAAGGUCACCGCUGUCCACAAGGCCAACAUCAUGAAGCUGGGCGAUGGUCUGUUCCUUAAGUGUUGCGAGGAAGUCUCCAAAUUGUAUCCACGCAUACAGUUUGAGAAAAUGAUUGUGGAUAAUACCACAAUGCAAAUGGUAUCCAAUCCCAAUCAGUUUGAUGUGAUGGUUACACCAAAUUUAUAUGGCGCAAUUGUUGAUAAUCUUGCCUCCGGUUUGGUGGGCGGCGCUGGCGUCGUGGCCGGAGCAUCAUACUCAUCCGAGGCUGUUGUGUUUGAGCCGGGUGCACGACACACAUUCGCCGAGGCCGUGGGCAAGAAUGUGGCCAAUCCGACUGCCAUGUUGCUGUGCGGCACCAAGUUGUUGCGUCACAUUAAUUUGCCCACUUACAGUGAGGUCGUACAGAAUGCCAUCAAUAAGGUACUAAACGAUGGCAAGGUGCGCACCAAGGAUUUGGGCGGUCAAUCGACCACGCUGGACUUUACACGCGCAGUGAUUGCUAAUCUCCAUUAGAUCACAGAUCACCAGGCAGGAACCAUUGGUCCACCCAAGGCUCACGCAUAGACAAUUGACAGUUGUGUGUUGUUUGCUACCAAAAUAAUUGAUUCGUUUAAAUCAAA